UAGUUUUUUUUUUUGUGUUCUGUUCUCUGCUGCUUGUGGCUACGACACAGAAAAAAAGUGAAUUUUAUUGUGCAAAUUAUUAUUUGCUAAUUUCAAAAAAAAAACAAACAUUAAAAAAAAAAAAACAAUUAAACCAAUUAACUAUUAAAAAAGCAAUAAUUUCAAGGACAAUAUUGACUAAAUUGACACGCCAAAUUCAAGGCAUUUCCAUCAUCGUUGACGACACAAACGAAAUCGAGAAGUUUUUCUUCAUAAUUUCUUCACAAAAAAAAGCAAAAAAAAAGUCUCCUCGUCUACUUGGGGCUCUGUUUCUGUUCGCCCUGUGUGUGUCAGUGCCAGCAGUGUACAAAUGCAUUGAAAAUGAAAUAUUUAUUAAAGAAAUCCACAAAGAAUGUUUCACGAAACCAUUGCUUGUAUAUAAAAUGAAGUUUUACAAAAAAUAACUUGAGUUUGUGCAAAUAAGUUUGUUUGCUCUCGGGCAGAAAAAACCAUCUUUUUUUUACCCUAAAUUCAUUUAAUUUGUUCUUUUCGUCGCCCUCCCCACCUUUUGUGGACUAAAUGCACUUUGCAACGAAUCCUACGUAAUUUUCAAGGAAGAAGAAGAAACAAAAAAAAAAGCAAAAAUAUAUUUUUAUUUGUAUUUUUAGAAAGAUUGUUCAUUGAUAGUGUUUUGCAGAGCGGAAGGACACUGAUUUACAUUUUUUAUCCCAUCCAAAAAGGACAGGUUCCUUUUUGUUGUUAUAUAUUUUUUAUAUAAUUUUUUUGUUUAUUAAUUAAACAAAAAACCUUGAGAUUUACUUCUAAGAAAAAAGACAAAAAAAAAAAGAACAAAACAGAAAAAUGAGUGGAAAAGUUCGAUUAAAGGCCAAUGGAGUGUUGGACGAGGAUCCGCCAACAUUGAAAGACAUCUCAUUUCAAUAUUUGUCCAAUAAUUUGGAUGUGAUUAGUUGUUGCGAUGAGAGUGGAUAUCGUAUAUUGGACAGUGGAUUUGUAUUGCCAAAUGACAUUUGUGAUCGUUUUGUGGAAUGCUAUCAGCGCUUCCAGAAACAUCUCGACGAUAAAGUUGUUAAUUUAUUCCGGGACACUGACAGGACAUCGAUUAAGAUAGUACAUUUAAGAAAUAGUACAUUGACUGGUGAUGGUUUAGAAAUUCUACUGCGACAUAACUUGUAUGCUCUGUCAAUAUGGUAUUGUGACAGAAUAACAGUCCAAUCACAUCAUCUUUUAGCGAGAUACGGCGAAAGUCUCCGUUCGCUGGAAUUAGGUUUAAGUGCACAUCUAUUGCAGCAUCCGGAACCAAAUGAAAAAGAACCUGUAGACUUCCAAUUGAACUGUCCCCAUCUCCGUCGACUUGUUCUCAAUGGUGUGGUAAUGCAUCAUCGCCUGCAAUUUGCUCAUCUACAAGAUUUGAGCUAUUUAGAUUUAACAUCAUGCAUUUUGGCAAAUUUUAGUUUGGAAGCCUUAUGCAGUCUACCCAACUUGCAUACGUUAAUUUUAUUCAAUGUAUGGCCAAUAGCAAAUCAAUUGCAUGCUAUUUGUCGAAUGAAAAAAUUACGAACACUUGAUAUAUCGAUAAGUGGAUCGGUAAAUGGUCAUGGGACAUAUGAUCUUCCAGAUCAGACACUUGAGAUGCUUGUUGAAAAUCUACCCGAAUUGUCACAUUUGGAUAUAUCGGGAACAAAUUUAGCUGGCAAUGGUGUGGCACAGAAAGGAGCAUGCGAGAAAAAAGAUGGCCUCAAUUCAGAAUCUCGACCACCAAUGAAUUCAGAUAUUCCUGGUUUGGCGGGAAGAACUGAACGGCCACUACAGUACCUUGGCCUUUAUCAUACACCACAUUGGGCCUGUAAAAGACAUGAUAUUCCUGCUAUUGAGAUUGCUGGCGAUGCUAAUGAGGAACAAAUCCUAACUGCAGCGCUUUACUAUUACGAUAGACCUGCUGUUCUCACAAGGGUUCUAAAUGAUUUAUACCACAUCUUUCGUUUUGAGUGUUGCAAAGAGAUCCAUACUGCUCUUGAUGUUGUUCUUACAGCUAUGGAUCGUCAUUUAAAAUUCAAACACAUGCAAAUAUCCGGAAGUGCCACUCUGUUUUACAUUGUAAAAGGACGUGAUCGAUCGAAGUUUGGAACACCUCUUAAAAAUCACAUUAUUCGCACUCUUCUAAAUGGAAUGGAAAUGCACAUAACUGACGACACGAUGCUUCGGAAUGGCUACCUAACACUAACGCAAUUUUCCAUGCCAAAUGAUGUGCUCUUUGAAUAUGAACGUCUGAUUAGAGUUUUGUUACAUGGUGUGUCCAAAACCGAACAAGAAGGUUUUGUUCAAAGGAUAGCUAUUUAUUUGUUAAACACUUUAGCGUGUCAAGUUGACGGACGACAGAAGUUGUUUUUGGGAGAUAUGGGUGUUGUUAGUACGAUGUUAGGUCUCAUCAAGGACCGUUUAACACGUUCUGUAUUUGACGAUGUUAUGGAAGUAGCGUGGUCCACUAUGUGGAACGUAACCGAUGAGACUGCAAUUAAUUGUAAGAGAUUUUUAGACGGCAAAGGAAUGGAGUACUUCCUCAAAUGUUUAAAUACAUUUCCCGACCGUGAGGAACUUCUUAGAAAUAUGAUGGGUCUAUUGGGUAAUGUUGCUGAAGUCAAGUGGCUGAGACCUAAUUUGAUGACAGCAGAAUUUAUUGAAGUCUUUGCUACACUUCUAGAUUCUGAUAGUGAUGGAAUUGAAGUAAGUUACAAUGCAGCCGGUGUAUUAGCUCACAUAGCUUCCGAUGGCCCCGAAGCAUGGACCAUACAAUUGCCGACCCGUGACGAUGUUCUUCUACGCAUGGUUAAAGCAAUCGAUCGUUGGGACAUUAAGAGUCAGAGAAAUAUAAACUAUCGUAGUUUUGAGCCAAUAUUAGGCUUAGUACGCUGUUAUGAUACUCCACAGUGUCAGCAUUGGGCUGUUUGGGCCUUAGCUAAUUUGACAUGCGUUUAUCCAGAAAAGUAUUGUAGACUUGUUGAACAAGAAAAUGGCCUGCAUAUUUUGACUGAUUUGAUAUUACAUCCCAGUCCGUAUGAUAAAAUCAAAGAAACAGCCCAAUUGGUUAUAAAACAUUGUCUUAAUCAGGGGGCAACUCUUGAAGGAUAGCCAAUGCAUGUCGUCGAUGAAAUUGAUCCUUACUAACUCUGAGCUGAGCUAAUCGUUAACGCCUUUUAUUGUUAGUUUCCCCUGUCUCUUUUAUUUUAAUUUUAUUAAAAUUUAAGUGUUUAGUUUGUAUUUUAGUCUCUAUCUUAUGAUUAUAUAAAUAAUAUGCUUCUAAAACCUAAAUGUAAGUUAUACAAAAAAAAAACAAAACCGCCCUCCUUUUCUUCCCCUUAUACUCCCACACA